AUGUCGCAGUUCAGGAAUGACGGUUGUAAUAAAAUUACACCAGAUGUAACAUUUUGCCGACCAACAAAGAAUGCAGUUAAAGUGAAUUUUGAAAUUGGUCAUGUGCCCACAUUGCGCUCUAAGGAAACGCCCGAAGGAUUCACCCAUGAUUGGGAAAUUUUCGUGCGCGGGCAAGAAGGUGCCGAUAUAAGUCACUUUGUGGAAAAAGUUGUGUUCAACCUUCACAGUUCUUUUCAUAAGCCUAAAAGAGUUGUCAAACAACCACCAUUCUCUCUCAAGGAGUCCGGUUAUGGUGGGUUCGUAAUUCCCAUUGAUAUUUUUCUGAAGAAUAAACAAACACCCAAGAAGAUAUCAUUUAUGUAUGACCUGACUCUGGACAAUAGUGGAGUUCUCAAAGACAGAUAUGUAUUCCAAAACCCAAAUAAUGAAUUCAAAAACAAAUUGUUGAAAGGAGGUGGAAUGUAUGUACCUAAUAACUCCUUCUACUUAAACCCAGACCAGGAGAAUAAAUGUAUAGAUAAAAUCAGAGAUAAUAAGCCCCGAACGGUCAGUAAACCUAAAAUGCAAUUGAAUAAUGUUAAAGAACAAAAGGCUCAACAACAGAAGGAGAUAACUCAGAAAAUAUCUAGUUUUGAGGCUUUAUUUGGAACACCUAUCCUAAUAUCUCCUAAAGUCUCCUCAGAUCACGAAAAUGUAGUGAAAAAUGCGGCUAUAGUAGCCGAACCGAGAAAAAAAGAAUGUUCAAAUUCUGAUAAAAAGUUAAAAAAUGAAAAUUACAAAAAAGGUAAAUCGGAAAAAUUAAAGACAAAGGAAGAAAAAGAGAAACCUAAAACAGAAAAAAUCAAAAGUCUAAGCGGAAAACGUGGACCAACAAAUGAAAAAUCCAAUAAAAAGAGUAGUGACAGGCCAUCUUCGCCGGAGCCGGCGAAAAAAAGAUGUGUCAGUCCAGUGAGAAAACCGCCCAGCCCCCCUCCAAGCCAACCUCGACCAAGUAGUGCAUCCAGCUUUAAGUUUUCUAAGAAAGAAAACAAAGGAAGUAAAAGGAAAGCUGCAGACGAGGAAGAGGAAAGCAGAAAAAUGGCUAAAAUAGACACAGAUGCUCCACAUAAUACGAAUAGUGGUUCUGAAACCAGUGAGUCAUUUUGCUGUGACUUGGCCGUGUUGGAUCGCUUCACAGUGCUGCAUGGUGUUACCAGUACCCUCUGUGAGGAUGCUGAGCCUGGGAAUCUGACUCCUGAGUACAUGGAGCAGCUGCGAGACCUGCAAGAGCGGAUCAUGACCAUCGAUAAUAAUGAAGAACUUGAACGAGUGGUCAAUUUGAUAGCAGAAACUAAACGGUAUGAAGUUACUUCUGACACAUUAGACGUCGACUUGUGUUUGUUGGAUCGCUCCACAGUGCAACAGCUGUUACUACUAGUUCUAGGCUCUAGUAAAGAAAGAAAAAGUAGUGGUUCUGCAUUUGUAGAGACCAAAGUCCAAGAGAAUGGUGUUUUCAGUAGCCUCGGUGAGAAUGCUGAGCCUGGGGAUAUGUCUCCUGGGUACGUGGGGCAGCUGCGUGAUCUGCAAGAGCAGAUCAUGACCAUUGAUAAUAACGAAGAGCUUGAACAAGUGGUCAAUUUGAUAGCAAAAAGUAUACGGUAUGAAGUUACUACUGACACAUUAGACUUCGACUUGUGUUCGUUGGAUCGCUCCACAGUGCAGCAGAUUAUGCUACUAGUAGGCUCUAGUAAGAAAAGAAAAAGUAGUGGUUCUGCAUUAGUGGAGACCAAUGUCCAAGAAAAUGAUGUUUUCAGUAGCCUCGGUGAGAAUGCUGAACCUGGGGAUCUGUCUCCUGAGUACAUGGAGCAGCUGCGUGACCUGCAAGAACAGAUCAUGAACAUCGAAAAUAAUGAAGAACUUGAACGAGUGGUCAAUUUGAUAGCAGAAACUAGACGGUAUCAAGUUACUACUGACACAUUGAACAUCGACUUGUGUUCAUUGGAUCGCUCCACAGUGCAACAGCUGUUACUACUAAUAAAGUCCAGUUAAGAAAAAAAUAAUAAGCGUGAGGAGGUGAAUCUAAAACCAGUUGCAGUGAUUGAACGAAUGGAAAUCCAUGUUCCAACAGAAACAUUUUAGAAUCCUCCACCAAAACCACA